GCGUGUGUGAGUGUGUCCCCGAGUGAAAAGCGCGUGCGGCCCGGAAAAGUUCGGUGUGAGUGAAGCUCGUAGUUCUGCCUGGUUUCCUCGACCUCCAUGAAGUGACACCCGUGUGUGUUUGUAUGUGUUUAACGCUCGGAUAUGGGAGGCAGCAGCAGCACGCGCCGCGUCUCUUUCGAGACCGAUGAGAACGACAAUGUGACGGUGGUGAAGGGCGUCAGGCUUUCCGAGAAUGUCAUCAAUCGCAUGCGAGAGUCAUCCAAACCACCAGUCAGAUCAUCUCCGCCUUCUCCAGCUCCUUCUCAGGACAAAGCGUCUUCGCCUUGUCCACCUCCUGCCUCAGCACCUUUCGCUGACCCUGCUACCUCUCGGUCUGAGCCUGCUGCCCACGCUGCUUCUUCUGCUCCUUCUCCUCCCAUGCUGCCUUCUCCUGCUCUAGAGGAACAUGUGACUCCACCUUUAAAAGCCAAUGAGUCAGACCUGAGACGGAAGAUCACUGAGGAAGUGCAGAAAGGUCUGGAAGAGGAGAGGAGCAAGACGCAAAACGAGCUCCAUCAGUGGUUGGAGAAAGAGCGUGCCCGGGCGAAGGUGAAAGCCCAUGCGGACGCUCAGGCCCACGCGCAGGAUGAGGUGAACAGAAUCCUGGCCUCGGAGAGAGCGGCCGCUCUGGACAGCGUGCAGAAAGCUGUGCUGAGAGAGAGGGUCGACGCCGAGGAGGAGCGACUCCGAACUAAACUCUUAGCUAAGCAGCUGGAGGAGCGAGAUCAGAAGCUGAGGAAGCAGGACGCCUUCUACAGGGAGCAACUGAACAAACUGGAGGAACGGAGCACCCAGUUUUACAAGGCCACCAUCGAGAACCAUCACAAAGCUGCAGAUGAGGUGAACGCUAAAUUUAGGCGCUAUGAAACGAGUCCAGUGUGUGCCGACCUGCAGGGUCAGAUUCUCAAGUGCUACAGAGAGAACGCCGGGAAAACACUCCUCUGCUCCAAUAUCGCUUCUCUCUACCUGCAGUGUGUCAACAGCGCCAAACAGAACAAGUUGAGGACCGGAGGCUAACUCUGAUGACCGUAGAAGAAGGAGCGGCCGAGUUUGUUCUGUUACCUUCAUGGAAAGUUUAGUGAAAGAAGAGCAGAGACCAUAAAGCACCGUACAGAUACACACCUGACUCUGAGGAACAGUCUGGAAAACUGGAGAAAUAAGAUCCCCUCUGUCUCCUUCUCUCUCUCCUUCUCUCUUUCUCUCUAUCUCACUAUCUCCUCUCUCUUUUUUUUUUUUUUAAUCUAUAAGUCCAUGUUUCUCUUUGGCAGAGUAGGACAGCGUUACAGGUAUGAGAAACAGGAGUAGUGCAGAUUAUAAUAUAUUGUAUUAUAAUGUGCCAAACACCUGAACAACCAAAUAAGUGCCUCAGUGGGAAUAAAAUAAAGAUGAAAAGAUGAAAAAAAAAAAAAAAUUUUGCUAGCAGAGCUUAUAGCGAGUACGUCAAAUUUUUUCGUUAGGGUAAAGCUGGGAGACGUGUCAUUGCGUAUACACUCGACGUCUAAUUGCACUAAAUCUUCAUUCAUUCGCUCUUUGUUCGAAUUGUGUAGGGAGGCAAAAGUUUUGGCGCCCCAUAUCAUCCAAACUGCUCCGCAUAUACUCAAGUCAGUACACCUCUGUUCUCAUCAGACUGGACCGAGGCUCCUGUUGUAAAACUGUUCAUCACAUCUGUGUGUGUUUUUUUUUCUUUGCUUUUUAUCCACACCAAGACAGUAUGAACUGUCAGGGAGAAUAAAAGGCUCAAACUGCAAACCUGAA